ACAUCAGUGGAUUAAGUCACCAUGAAGUUGGACAUGUGACGCUGUUUGAGGAGCCAGCAGUUGUACGAAUGCAUUUCCUCUCUGAUGAAGACAUACAGCUGUAAGCACUGCUGAUGCAAAGGCCAUUUCUGACCUGCUGCUGACACCCACAUCGGCUCCUCCUCCAGCUCCUCCCCCUCCUCUGCUUCAUCCUACACCACCUCCUCACCUCUUCCACCCUCCUCUUACAUGUUGCUCAAUGCUCUGAUACAGGAUGAGGCUUCCGGCCAUGUGGGAAUUUCUCCUAAUAGUGGCUCACGGUUGAAUCCGUGUGUUGGUUGAGAACGUUGGUGCAGCGUGCAUCCAAGCAGCUUUGUCAGGUGCAGCAAGCAGACGCCUGGUAGGAGACGAAAAGUCAUUUCACUCAGUGCAGCCUUGAGGACUGAAGAGGCUUUACUCUGCUUUCCUCUCCAGGGGAGUUGCUCUAACUUUGUAGCAAGGGUGACUAACGACUUUUGCCACUCAUCGAUUUCUCAGAAGAUGUUUAGCUCACGAGUUCAUAUUCAGAGAAAAAAUGGAAAAGCUUUGACGACCUCUUGAUUAUCACUGCUGAGGACCAGGAGCCAUUUCCAGUAAUUCACCCUUCUGUGAAAAAGGUCUGAACACCACCAACGAGGCACCAAAGCUGCUCUGUUGCAUGGACAGUGACACUGAACAGCUGUUGCACUUACCAUCUUGUCUCAGACAGACACUGGACUGUUUAGGAGCUACAGAGUAACAAACGACGAUGCUAAAAAACUUGUUUGCAUCAAAGCGCCUCGUACUUAGCAACUGACGAGGAUGAGAGACGGUGUGAUGACCUACCUGUAUUUGACAAGAGUGUUUUUCACCUCGUUGGAGAGACGAGCACAGAGGAAAAAAAGUCAGCGAGAGGGAACAGGGGAGGGUAAGAGCGAGUCAGCGAGGGAAGGUGUGAGGCAAACGCUGUGAGAGGGAAACAGAGAGAAGACGUGCAGAGCUGAGAAAGACACAGGGAGAAGAAACUGAGACAACUCUGCCAGACUGAAGAAGGAGUAAAGGAAAAACAGAUAUCAAAGAGCUGGCCAAACGCCCAUUUAACGCUGCAGGAUCGUGUUUUGUCAGAUCCAUAAAGGGAAAACUCUUAAUGGAGCCACAAAAGGGCACCUGUCUCUGACCUGUCAACGGUAACACAGACAGAUAACACAGAGCCAUGGAUUUAGAUUCUUCAAACAGCACUUCUGCCAACACAUCACUUUCCCAGACGGCUCCCCACAGCCUUUUGGAGAUUAUAACCAUUGCUACAGCAUCCGCCAUUGUCAGCUUGAUAACUAUUGUUGGUAACGUGCUGGUGCUGCUGUCCUUCAAAGUAAACAGCCAGCUGAAAACUGUAAACAACUACUACCUACUGAGUUUGGCUUUCGCUGACCUCAUCAUAGGAGUGUUGUCCAUGAACUUAUACACCACGUACAUCCUGAUGGGUUCUUGGCCCUUGGGAAACCUUGCAUGUGAUCUCUGGCUAGCAGUGGAUUAUGUAGCCAGCAAUGCUUCAGUUAUGAACUUACUCGUCAUCAGCUUCGACAGGUACUUCUCCAUUACGAGGCCGCUGACUUACAGGGCUAAAAGGACUCCCAAGAGAGCUGCCAUCAUGAUAGGCCUUGCAUGGCUGGUGUCUUUUGUCCUCUGGGCGCCACCCAUUCUGUGCUGGCAGUACUUUGUAGAUAAGAGAGAAUCUGACCAGUGCCAGAUCCAGUUUUUAACACAGCCUGUGAUCACAUUUGGGACAGCCAUUGCUGCUUUCUACAUCCCCGUCUCUGUUAUGACCAUCCUUUACUGUAGGAUCUACAAGGAGACGCAGAGACGGACCAAAGAUCUAGCAGAGCUGCAAGGUCUCAAAACAGAAAAUGUUCUAGAGGGCACUAAACCCCAGAAAACUAUCAUUCAUUCUUGCUUUCAUUUCACUAGAGAGAGGAGAGACCAGAGUCAGGCCUCUUGGUCCUCAUCUAACCAAAGUAACGCCACUAAAACUACCACUAGAUCAGAUAUGGCAUGGGCGAAAGCAGACCAGAUCACUUCCUUUAACAGCUACACCUCAUCUGAAGAGGAGGAGCAUCAUGUUUCGAUAGAAACCCCACAGGGAUCUUUCAAAGAGCAAAGUAGUGGUAAUAAGAACGGGAAGGUGACUGAUUAUACAGAAGAUCAGUACUUUUCCACUCCUCAGAAGAAGAGCAGUAAAAAGCACAUCUCUUAUAAGUUCAAACCUGGUUCAAAGGGAAAAAACGGCAACCCUACCAUUGCAACACCAUGUCUGCCUGAAGCAGAGCAGCCCACGAAGAAUGCCUCCCCUUCCUCCUCCACCACCUCCAAACCCAUGGACGCCGUCCUGAAGAACCAGAUCACCAAAAGAAAGAGGAAUGUACUGGUGAAGGAGAAGAAGGCGGCCCAGACUCUCAGCGCCAUCCUCCUGGCCUUCAUCCUCACAUGGACGCCGUACAACAUCAUGGUGCUCAUCUCCACUUUCUGUGGCACAUGCAUCCCUACGUCCCUGUGGCACCUGGGCUACUGGCUGUGCUAUGUCAACAGCACUAUCAACCCCAUGUGCUAUGCCCUCUGCAACAAGACCUUUCAGAAGACCUUCCGCAUGCUUCUGCUCUGCCAGUGGAGGAGGAGGAGGAGAGGCGAGGACAAGCUGUACUGGUGUGGACAAAAUCCCAACGCCAACAACAAAAUCACAUAAUGUGGCCCUGCGAAAUUAGAGCAGACGUGUUGCUUUUGCCCACAUGUGGAUUUUCCUGAUAUAUACCGUAGUCAGUGGUCAUCUUCAGCAUGAAGUGCUGCAUGUGAUUUUUGUGUUUAAGUACACGUUUGUGGAAAACGAGCUGAGCCUGAUGCAGCACUUCAUCUGCAGUUCCAGAUUAUUACAGAAAGUAAACCUAACAAAGGUUAAAGGUUAAAGAAUGUGUUUGGAUUAUUUUAAAGGGGAACUCCACCAAUUUUACACAUCAAAAGAUGUUUACAGGUAUUGGAGAGUACUACUCCAUAUGUAUAUAAAGGUAUAUGAAGCCUUUUGUGGCUCCUAAGGGAGCAACAUGAAGUCUGUUAAACUGCCCCAAGCGAUGUCUCCUGAGUCAGUGUACGUUAGGGUCUGAAGACUACAAAUUUGAAAAUGAAAUAAUUCUGGGGAUGUAAGUAAGAAAGAAGUGAGCUUACCAGAUGUCUGUGGUUUGCUCCUCACUCUGCUUGAGGCUAGUGGAUUACAUUAGCCGCUACUACAAUAACAGACCCUGAUCUCCAACCUAUCUGUCAGUGGUUGAGUUGCAUUGUGGGUAACAUAGGCGGCAGGUUUGGACAAGGUAGAAGAAUGCGUGGGGGAAAAAAGAGAUGUCUCUGAUUGUGCUACAUUGAUUUUACAACUGUCCAUCAUAAAUUCAACAGUGUUAUAGGUAUGUACUCUUUUAAUACAUGACUCAAUGUUAAUCUGUGCAUUGAAAGUGGUUGCAGUAAUUAUUCCUCCUCUACAUACUGCCAGUAAAGCGAUCUCAGAUUUUUGGAGGAGCAAAAGUAAUUUAACGAUUUAACAGGUAACUAAACUUUUUUUGUGGAAACAUCCACACGCAGAGUAUUUUUAUAUGUCUUAUAACAUGUCCGUCUUUAAAGAUCAAAGCUAAUAUGAGGCUUCAGCUGCUCUUUGUCCCCCUGAUUUUCACAGACAAUUUGACAGACAAACCAUGACAAAUACAACAGAAUAUAACUCAACAGGUUAAAACAUUCUUCUUUCAACAUCAAAUCAUGUAUUCUAUUUUUUUUAUUACUGCUCUUUCUUUUUUUGUUACUAAUUUUGUAUCUUCAUAUGUGUUAAUAAUUUAUUUGUUCCAGUAUGGUUUUGUUGGAGUGUACAAGCUGCUAGCUCCAUUGCCACUAAUUCCAUAUAUAGAGCCUAUUAAAAGUACUCACCCUAUAUGGUUUCAUGUUUUUUUGGUUUACAACGUUGAAUCAGUCAAUCUUUUGUGGCUUUUUUUUGUACUUCAAUAGAAAUAAACCCUUUAAUGUCAAAGUGAGAACAGAUCUCUACAAAUAUAUCUAAAUAAAAUACAAGGAGGGUCCCAUUUCUGUAUUUCCAGUCCAUUCCCUUGUCAAUGUUACUUCCAGAAAAUGCAGAUGUAAUAAGGCACCAUUUUUUCUUUUGCUUUACAUUCCCAGGUUGUUUUUCCAGUAAACACACGGCUGGACAGUUGUGAAUCUGUAUAAUUAACACUGAUGACAGGUAAUCAAUUGCAUCCUUCAAGAAUGACAUCAGGGAAAAGCCAUUUUGUACCAACCUCAUCAAAACCAUGCCAAAACAUUUCUAUUAUAGUCUGGUUAAUUUUCUUUAAUCUACAUGGUGUUAGAUAAUAUAUAUGAAGAACUUUGAGUUUUAAUUAUUUUAUACCUUUCAGUUGAAGAAAUUUAAGAUAAUUUCAUACUAAAAAACACCAACUUGUAAGAUAUUUGGCUAAUUUGGCUAACUCAGACAGACAGCUGAAGCCUUACAUUAGAAAUGGCUAAAAUUUAAAAUUAAUUUUUGAUAGUAACGAGAACUGGGGAUUAGAGUCCCACUAUGAAGGAAUCACUUCAGCAGGAAUAAUUACAGGGACUAUGUAGGUUUAACAUACAGAUAUGCGAGUAAAAAUGCCUGUCUUUGAACCUGUCUUUUAAACCUCAUAUAAUCCUCCCUUAUUCUACUGCUCACUUGCACUGUAUAUAAAGGACAUAUUGUAGUCUUACACAUUUCAAAAUAAUUUAUAGCACAAAGAACAUAUUUCACUGAUACUGUUGGGUUUUUCACCUCACAAAUGGUAAAUGUAAAUUGAUUAGUGUAAAUCAGUGUUUGGUGAAUGUUUUCUCUUUUGUUUUAUAUUUUGGCUCUUGCAAUCAAUAUUUGAUCUUGUGUUCAAGGGCUAAUCUGUAAAUUUCCAUGAAUUCACAGUAAAAUGACAUACAAGAUUGUUUAUGGCUCACACCCCUAGUCAUUUCAAUAUUCAUAUAACUGUAGUUAAAAAAAAAAAAAGAACACUUGGACACAUGGCAUUUGAAGCAACGUCUCUCUAAAGGAUGAGUGAUGCUCUUGUAAAUUAUAGCACUUAUAUUGUUGACGAUGUAAUGUCAAAUGUUAUCGCCCUAAACUCUGUGCCUUUUAUUCUGCUCAGAGGCAAAAAUGCUUUGUAAAUGAACCUGUGCUGUUUUUGUCCAUCUGUGCAGUUUUGUGAAAGUCAGUCUGUGUGUACUGAUUGUUAAAUAGAAGAAAAGCAGAAUUAUACUUUUGUCAGCAUGAACUUUUUUCAGCAUCAAAUGUGUUGAACUGGAUCUUAUUUGGUUUGUACUUGUAAGUUUCUGUUGAUGCAAAUCACUGCCCACUCCAACAAUUGAGUGAUAAAACUAACGUGCCAUGGAUAACAUGCACAAACAGCAUGACAGAACAGAGCUCAAGACUUCCCGGAGAGGUCAUCAGAGGUCUCUCUGGUCCAAAGACUCCAUGUCAGUGCGGAUGUUUUGCAUUACAACAGUCUGGUGCAACACUAGUAUUAAAGAAGAAGUCUGGAUAUAGAUAUCCAUAUUUUUCUUAUCGUCAACAAAAACCAUGAAAACACCACAACCAACAAUGAACUGAUCCUACUAAGCAUCAUCUAUGUAGAAAAAGCUUGAUAAACCUUAUUCUUCUGUCAUAAACCUCCAUUGUUGUCCAAAAACUAUUAAAAACCACACUGUUUCACUGG